UACAUCACUCAAUGUCAAUGUGGCCGCUGUGGUAUUUGGAAGACGUGAAAACAAUAGCAAAGCAUUUUUGAACAAAAAUGAAUUUUGUUAUUAAAAAUAUUACACGUAAUGCAGUGGCAUUAUGUUACCGCUCAACCAAUUCCAUAAAGCUCUGCCAAACAUCAAUACAAGAUAAUAUUAAAUGUAUUCAUACAACAAUUAAACAAUAUGAUUUAAUGGAUUUCUUCGAUAGUAAAAAGAACUGGAACGAAACAAAUAUACGUGUUGGCAGAGCAUGGCGUUUAGAUGAGCUGAGAAUAAAAUCAAAUACAGAUUUACACAAAUUAUGGUAUGUUUUACUAAAAGAAAGAAAUAUGCUUUUUACUAUGGAACAUGAAUGUAAUGAGAAAGUGCGCCUUUUCCCUAACCCAGAAAGGAUUGACAAGGUUGAAGAAUCAAUGAAUAAUAUAGAGACUGUUAUCAGAGAACGUAACACUGCAUAUUACAGGUUGGAAACUGGUGAAACAGGGGAACGUCCUGUUGUAGAUGUAGUUAACCUCUUUGGCUUACCAGAGAAGUACCAUAAGCAAGAACACUUCCUACCAAAAUUUAUGAAUUCGCGUUGGGUAAAAUCAUACAUGGAACAUGGAUAUAUUAACAGUUUAUCAGUAAAAAAGUUCUACAGAUUAUAUCAAGAAAAGUUAUAUAACAUUAAAAGGAAAGAGCGGAAUAGGAAUUUUAAUCAAGUCCAACAUCUUUUGAAGCGCUUUCCGGAUAUGGACUUGGAAAAGCUACAAGCUGAGUAUCCUGAUGUUGAUUUAGAGAAAGCUAAAAGGUCGAAAAAAGCAAGAGGUCAUUUCUUACCCAAAUAUUAAAUUAAAAGUGGUUAUAAUUUACAGUAUGAACUUAGAUUCAUUAUUGGUCUUUGCUCCAACUAUAUACCACCUUAUUAGUUAAACUGAAGUCAGUAUUUAAUAUAUAAUAUAGAUAAGACAGUUCAUAGAUAUAAUAUACUACUACUUCUAAAGCUAUGUUCAUAACAUCAAGCCUUUACCACCAAAUUAGCGUAACCAACUAAAAAAUAUAUUUGCCAAAGCUUUAAUUAAAUUCACAAAUUAACCUUUUCUUAAAUUUUUCCUUUAUUGAAUAAGCUAAUUCAACGGGAAAGACUUAUUAGCAUAGUUGCAAUAGGUCAAGGUGUUCAAGGAUGGUAGAGGCAGUAUCUAGUUGGAGUACUUCAAAGACCAACGUUUAAAAGUAGAAAUUAUAUUUUACCUUAUCUAAAUUUGAGUUUGUAACCUCUAACAUUCUUGCUGUUGUGAUGCAUUUGAAAAAAAUAAAAUACAAAUUAAAAUGUCUUUUGA